AUGGAGGAUUGUGGGAUGUGCGACCUAGGCUUCAAUGGCUAUCCUUUCACAUGGUGCAAUGGCAGGGGUAGAAGAAACAGAAUAAGCGAGAGGCUGGAUAGAGUCAUGAUUAAUGAAGGCUGGUCAGAUCUUUUUCAUUCUAACAGGGUUGACCACAAAGGCAAGACUGGAUCUGACCAUAGUCUCAUGAUUUUCAAAGCCGGUAAUGAUAGUGCUGAAUUCACCAGGUACUUCAGGUUCCUCAACUUUUGGACCUCUCAAAGUAGCUAUCUCUCUACAGUGGAGGAAAUUUGGAACAUUGACGUUCAAGGCAACUAUCUUUGGGUAUUACAACAGAAACUUAAAGCUAUUUCUAAAGGCCUGAGAAAAUGGUCCAAAGAUACCAUUGGUGAUAUUUUUGAAACCAUUAAAAAACUAGAGACUGAUAUCUGCCGACUAGAGGAAAUCUAUGAUGCUAACGACACUGACAAUAACAGGCAGACUCUUAUGAAGGCCCAUGCUGAAUACACCAGAUGGCUAAUAAUACAAAAGUCCAUUUUCAAACAGAAAGCAAGAAUCAAAUGGGCAGAGGAAGGAGAUGCCAACACCAAAUACUUCUAUAGUGUAGUGAAAGAGAAAAGAAGGAAAGCUCAUAUACAUAAAAUCAGAGAUGCCAAUGGAUGA